AUGGCGACAUCCAAUCCCAAGAUUAUUCUCGACAUCCCACCUUACCUGCGCGCCUACGAAGACGGCACCGUCGAGCGCCUCCUCGGCACCGAGACCACUCCUCCGGCAGACCCCGACCCCGCCACCGGCGUCUCCUCCAAGGACGUCGCCCUCUCGCCGGAGUCCGGCGUCUGGGCCCGCCUCUACCGCCCCGCCGGCCCCCUCCCCGGCCGCCUCCCCCUCGUCGUCUACUACCACGGCGGCGCCUUCUGCAUCUCCUCCGCCGCCGACCCCUUCUACCACCACAUGCUCAACGCCUUCGUCCGUGAGGCCCGCGUCCUCCUCGUCUCCGUCGACUACCGCCGCGCCCCGGAGUCCCCCCUCCCGGCGGCCUACGAGGACUCCUGGGCCGCCCUCCGGUGGGUCGCGGGCCGGGCCGAUGACUGGGUUCGGGACUCGGCCGACCUGGGCCGUGUCUUCCUCGCCGGGGACAGCGCCGGAGCUAACAUCUGCCACCACAUGGCGAUGCGGGCCGGGUCGGAGGGUCCGGGCCUCGAGAUCGCGGGGAUCCUGCUGGUGCACCCUUACUUCUGGGGGGAAGCGGCGGUCGGGGCGGAAGCCGAGAGCCCGGCGUUCAAGUCCGUGGUGGACGCGUGGUGGCGGUACGUGUGCCCGUCGGACAAGGGCUGCGACGACCCGUGGAUCAACCCGUUAGUGGACGGGGCCCCGGGACUGGACGGGCUGAGCUGCGGCCGGGUCCUGGUGUGCGUGGCGGGGAACGAUAUUCUAAGGGAAAGGGGGAGGAUGUAUUAUCGGGCCCUGGUGGAGAGCGGCUGGGCCGGAAAGGCCCAGAUCCACGAGACGGACGGGGCGGCCCACGUUUUCCAUAUUAUCGAGCCCGAUAGCGAGGAUACCAAGAAGCUGAUCCAGAAGUGCGCCGAGUUCGUUAACGGCGUGUGA